AGAGAGUCCCGCCCCCGGCAGCAGCGGGCCGGCACGCACGCGCAUGCACUGGCCGCUCGAGCUGGGCGGCUCGCGCUCCGCUAAACGGCCGGGUGGGGGAGGGGAUGUCGACGGCCUCCAAGGUGGCGCUGGGCAUCUCCGUGCUGCUCUCGGCCGGGACGGUGGCCGCCGUGCACAUCCAGCAGAGACGCGUCAAGGAGAGGCUGCAUGAAGGAGUAAUCCGAGACCUUGAGAGACAAAGCCGUAAACUGGAAAACAUUCGUCUUUUACAAGAACAGAUUACUCUGACCAAGCAACUCGAAGCAGAAAGAGACCAGAUGUUAAUGGAAAAGGGGUCCCAUCAAUCCUAAACCUAGAACUGAAGUAUUAGAAUUUGGACUGAGG